AUGAGCCUCGACUCUCUCCCACUACAACCCACUUCACGUCACUCGCUCGCCGCACGAAAGAUCGUCGUCUGCAUUCGCCGCAACGAAAUCUCGAGAAAUUGUCGCAUCGACUUUUUUCAGAGCAACUUUGCGACCGUCGUAUACGAGUCCUUCGAGCCGCGCGACCCUGCGCAAACCAGCGAGCCGACAGAAGAAACCUACCAAGCAGUCGUCAAUAAGCGAAAAGAACUCCGGCGGAGAAGAAAGGAGCUCAGACGUCGUCGCAAAGUCUUCGACGAAAUCAACAACAUCUACACUGCCAAGCCGUACAAGCCCAAGAUGCUCGGCCCCAAUGGAGCCGCGACGGACGAGAAUGCCGAGGGCUUUAAGGAUGACCUCAACUGCGUCGUGAUGUGUCCCGACUGCAAGGAGUACCCUCCCAACUUGGUUGAGGAGUUUUCCUCUGGCGACAUGGUGUGUGGUUCUUGCGGCCUCGUCGUCGGAGACAAGAUUAUCGACACCCGCUCAGAAUGGCGUACAUUUGCCAACGACGACCAGGGCAACGACGAUCCCUCCCGUGUCGGUGACGCCGUCAACCCCCUGCUCAACGGCUCACAGCUUGAGACCACCAUCGCAUUCGGUGAUGGUAGAGACUCUAAGCAACUUGCCCGUCUCCAGAAUAAGUCUCAGAACGACAAGGCUAGCAAAUCUCUGAUGCAGGCGUACAAGGAGAUUGGUGCCUUCUGCGAUAGUAUCAACCUGGGCAAGAACGUCUCUGAUGCGGCCAAGCACAUCUUUAAGCUGACGUACGACCACAACUUCAUGAAAGGCAAGCCGCAGGAGGCUGUCAUCGCAGGCUGCAUUUUCAUUGCGUGUCGUCAGACUGGUGUCGGCCGUACCUUCCGCGAGAUCUUCCAGGUCACCCAUGUGUCGAAGAAGGAAAUCGGCAGGGUUUUCAAGCAGCUCGAGUCUUUCCUCCAGAAGAUCAAGGAGGAGAACCCGCGUGGUGCCGGCUCUCUUUCCAAUCUGGACGGCUACAAGGCCAGCGCGUCUACCAGUGCCGAGGACCUCUGCACUCGUUUCUGCUCCAACCUCAACUUCCGCAAUGCGCAGAAGAUUGAAAACGUCUCGCGCGCGCUCGCACGCAAGACGUCGAGCGUCUCUGAGUUGGCUGGUCGUUCGCCUCUGUCCGUCGCCGCCGCCUGUAUCUAUAUGGCAUCUCACCUCAUGAAGGAAUCGAGAACCUCCAAGGAGAUUGCCUCGGUGGCAGGCGUCAGCGACGGCACCAUCAAGACAGCCUAUCGGUUCUUGUAUCAGGCUCGCGAUAGACUCAUCGAGAAGGAGUGGGGCGCGGACAAGAAGGCAAUCGAUAAUCUUCCGGUUAACUAG